CCCUCCAGAGCCUCCUUUUAGGUCUGGCAGGUCCUGCCUCCUCACCCAGAAGCUUCUCUGGCCCUCUGGAGUCGGGGCACGCCUCAUGCAAGGACAAUGCCCACAUUCCUUUGUCCUCGGAUUCCACUUGGCUGAGGUCUCCUUCCUGGGCUCCCGGGGUUUCCCGAGCCUGCUUUCGAAAGUCUGGCCUUUUCCUCUGUCCCUCCCUGUCUCAGGCUGGUGGGGUGGGGGAAGCAGCCCAUUCCUGGGCUCAGAGAAUCCCACCCCAGCUCAGAGGGUGCAGGACCGCAGCCAGGGACAGACCUCAUCCCUCCCAGGGACUCCAGACCACUGUCUCUCUCAGCAGGUCCUGGCUCCUGGAACUCCUGGCCACCAUGGGCAUCACCAAGAACCAGUCUGAUGACAUUAAGAAACUGAAUGCCAGAAUGCAUCAGUUGGUAGACAAAUUUACUGUUACAAUGAAACAUGAGGAAUCAGAACCUGAAAAGGUGAAGUCGAGCAUGAAUGAUCUGGAGGACAACUUCAAAGAGUGCAUUUUGGACACUGUGAAUGAUUGUUAUCAGGGACAGCACCCGGAGCUCACUCCUCUACUUGAAAAAGAAAGAGAUGCAUUACGGCACAGAGGCAACAGACCGCCUGCUCUGGAAGUUGAGGAUCCCGAAACCCAGGAGCCCGAGGAGAGCUUUUGUGACAAGGUCCUGAGAUGGUUCCGCGCCAUGCUGCAGCGGCUGCAGGCGUGGUGGCAGAAGUUUGUGGCCUGGGUGAAGGAGAUGGGGGCAGCCGUGGUCCAUGCAGCAAAGGCCCUCUGGAAUGUGUUUGAGAGUUUCUGCUGCUCUCUGCCAGAGCUCCUCAGGUCCUUUUUUCAGUACUAAGGAACCCCAUGGAGGGCAUGGAGGAGCUGACAGCCCAGAAGUGCUCUGAACCCCAAUGAAGCUUCCGAUGCCACUUUUGCCCUCCCCCUCACUUCGAACCCACCCUGACCCCUCCCUCAGCUCUGCUGUGCCCUGCCCCGCUCCCACACACCCAGCCCCCCUGCCUGGCGUUCCUGCUGCAGCUCUGACCUGGCACUGUCACGAUGGCGUCUUAAUAAAACGUUCUUAAACUUACCUGGCAGAGGA